AUAGCAGCAAAUUUCAGACGUUAUUUUAGGCCGUCACUAAUAUAUUUACAGCGGCAUGUGAGUCACUGCAGCUUUGCAGUGGUCAGUUCAAGGCUAAAAAAGCUGUUUUGCUUUCAGUAAUAUUUAACCUGCUGGUUUUGGCCACAUCCCACAGUUCCACACAAUCUGCUACUGUACUGACUGUGGGAAACGGGAUCUCUGUGUGUGACAAGCUUUCUGGAAUACUGUAUGACCCAUCCUGGGAAACGCAAGCAAUAGCAAAUAUGUUCUCCGCCGUGUCCUUGCUGUGCUGAACAAUGGCCUGACUGUUUCUCUGGCAAUAUGCAUGGCCACAUCCUCCAGCUGUGUGUAACAAUCCAAGCUGUAGCCUCUUUUCUCCAUCUAGAACCAAAGAAUGCCACUGUGUUGCGAGGCAGUGAGGUCCACUUUAACUGCAGCACUGAUGAAUCCUGGGAUGUCAUGACGUGGCUGUUAGGUGGAAGGACGAUCCUCAGCAUCUCUGUGGUUCAUGGUCUCAUGGGAAAAGAUGACAGUGUAUUGACGAUGAAUCACUCGCUGUCUGCUGUCUCAGUGUGGGAGUUAGUCUUGAUGAACGCCUCUUUCAGCCCCACUGUACAGGAGCUCACAUGUGAACUUCUGCCCCCCUCCAGACUCGGCAGAUCAACAGCGGACCUGUUUGUACAAGAAAAAGGAAAUGUCAGGAUUUUGGAGGGUGACCUGUCAGUUCAAGUAGGAAUGCUUGUCACCUUCCAUUGCCAAGCGCUCGGCUGGUACCCGAAGCCUUCGCUGUCCUGGGUGGUCAACGCCACGGCUGUGGACAGAGGCGACUACAACACCAGCAGUCUUCAGGACCCCAGCGGCUUGUUCACCUCCACCAGUGUGCUGGAGAUGAGAGCAGAGGCGAGCGGCGCAGUGGAGUGUGUGGCGUCUCUGUCUGCAGCUUUAGCCCAGCAAACCAGCAGCGUCCAGCUGACUGUAGUGGCACCGCAAACUAAACAGGACCACACAGUUGUGAUUGCCGUGAUCGUAUCGGUGUGUACGAUCCUUCUGCUGGCAGCGCUCAUCCUCAUCUUGUGCUACAGAAAAAAAUGGACAAAAUUGAACUCUGAAAAUAAAUUCAGGUAAGACUUGUAAGAGAGGUAAGAGUUG